ACUUUCACCUGUUUCCCGUUCUGCGUUCGGUUCACAAGGAAAGUAUAGAAGAAUGGCAACACCAGUGAAAGUUGUGAAGCGUGAUUUCGGUUCAUUUCAUGCCUCAAAUGUACAAGAUUUGAUAAACCUAUCUGAUGAAGAAUACGAACCGCCAGCUUUUCCAAAGGGUCUAGAAAUCCCCAAUUUCAAUUCUGAAAUCGAGUUUGGUGAAAAGUUCCGUGACGAACAUAUGUUGCUAGAGAAAACUUGUACAUUUUUAAACCACGGGGCAUUUGGAGCGGUUCUUAAAGAGACUCUGGAUUACGCACAGAAAUGGCAAAGAUAUACAGAAAAACAGCCGUUAAGGUUUUUUGAUCGGGAGCUCUUGCCUCAUCUGGUUUACGUUACAAGGCGACUGGCGAAGUUUGUUGGUUGUGAGCCUAAAGAUCUUUUGCUGAUUAAUAAUGCCACCACAGCCAUAAAUACGGUUGUUUACAAUAUUCCAAUAGAAAGGGGAGACACGAUAUACUGUCUUAAUACAACUUAUGGUGCCGUUAAAAAAUUGUUGACUUGGACAUGCCAACAAAAAGGUGCAAUUCUUCAACAGGAAACUCUCAGCUUUCCUUUGACUGGAUCCAAUCAGGUAGUCGAGCUUGUGAGAAAAACUUUAAAACGCGGUACAAAGCUGGCAGUGUUUGAUCACAUCCCAAGUAACACCCCUUUUAUACUUCCUGUGGAGGAACUGACUAAAAUUUGUCAACAACGUAAUGUUCCAAUCCUUAUUGAUGGGGCACAUGCACUGGGAUCUCUAGAUCUUCAAUUAAGAAGCUUCUGUCCAGACUAUUACGUUAGCAACUGCCAUAAAUGGUUCUGUUGUCCCAAAGGGAGUGCCUUUUUGUACGUCAAGGAAGAACGACAACAACAUACCAGACCGCUGGUUAUUUCCCAUGGAUUUGGAUCGGGCUUCAACUCAGAAUUCAUUUGGACAGGUUUACAUGACUAUAGUCCCUAUUUGGCUAUUCAUGUUAUGAUAAAUUUCUGGGAGGAAGCUGGCAAAGGAAAGAUUCUUAAUUAUAUGCACCAUCUUUGCAAAGAAGCAUCUGAUGUUUUAAUGAAGAAAUGGGGAACAAAGCUACCUAUACCCGAAGAAUUGUUAGGUUGCAUGUGCCUUGUGCAGCUUCCUCCAGCCAUGUAUGAAGAAUUUCAAGACGUGGAUUAUUCUGUAGCUGAACAGAUUCAGAACACUUUAUAUCAUAAGUAUAGUAUUGAGGUUCCUAUAAAGGCAGUUCAGGGGAAACUAUACGUUAGAGUUUCAACCCACGUAUACAACUUUAUCUCUGAAUAUCUGAAACUUGGAAAUGCAAUACUUGAAAUAAAAUCAUCUUGAAAAUUAA